AAUAAGAUGAUGCCACCCUCCUCUUUCUUGUAAAUAUUACUUCAAUAGCGUCUCUGGCAUUCGACCCUUUGUGUCCUACAAGGGCACCUGUCUGGAUAUAGAGUUGAAUGAUGAACAAAAGACACAACAACACUGCAAUCACAAAUAAAUGUGAGAGGUCAUUAAACAUAUAUUUUCUGUUCGUAUUUGAGACAGCAGCUGAAGGAGAAAAAGGGAAAUGCUUUGCGGGAACAAUUUUAAACAUUAACUCGCUGUCUUAGAUGUGAUUUUGAACCACUUUGGAAAAAAAGAUAGGAACUUAAACCCUCCUUUCCUGAGUUGAGGAACAUGUUCCUCUCUUAGUGGAAGGGUGCACUUCACGGUCAUGCUGACUUUCCCAAUCAGCAGUCAAUGAAGAACACCUGUCCGUCGUUACCUUCUCAGUCGGCGAUCGACCGCCGAGUACUUCCUGUUUCGCAUUUAAUUGGUUCUCUGACGCCAGAAGAUGCCAUUUUGCCUCUCAAGCAAGAUGGCUACUUGUGUUCUUCCACGUCAGUUGCUCUUCGUUGCACUGUGCUGCUGGAAUGUCCUUUGCUUUCCUGCUAAAGAAGGGCCAUGGCUCCAGCCUAACGAGGAGGUCCGUCCUCAUCGCUCGUCCCGAGCCGCUCGUGCACUGGUUUCCAGGUUGCAUCACCCUGUUGUAGCCUACGUAGUGCACUAUAGUCCUGGAGCCUAUCCAACAACUUCCAGCCUUCCCCUGGACAUGUCCAGUGAGGCUCCAUGGCGUGCGCCUCCUGUUUGGGAUCCUGUGGAAGAGUCUGCGGCCACGUUCAGAAGAUCUCAGCCCAGGCCGAACGUCGCACCUCCACUUUUCUUUCAAGCAGGCGAGCUUGACCGCUAUGUAGCAAACUCUGAGCCCGGCACAACCGAGGGGCUGAUCUUUCUUGCACCGCCACCUCCUUCGUACCCUGGGAUGUCUGGUCUGUACGCGUCGGAGCCCGGGAUUGGAGAGUGGGAAACGGAAGAUCGAAUGCCCCCGCCUCCCUAUGCCUCGGCGCCGCUGGGGGUUGAGGUUUCUGCAGCUUCGAGCACGUUCACCGCAUCUCCAGUUCCACUAGAGCUGCCACCAGGGGGACGGGGGCAGCACUACCUCUUCUAGACCGGUCCGCUGCCUUCUGGCACUCACGCUCCGACCGACUUUGAGAACAAAAACACACUGAUGAAUCCCGUUCUGAGAGCUCUCACUUUGCAGAUUGGCAUAAAGGCAACUCUAGUAGUCUCUGCCGUUCACUCAUAUGUAUGUAAGGUGCGCGCAAGAUUGCUUUUGUGGAUUUUGAAUAAAACUCUAAAUAACCUUG